AAGGUUCAAUAGAGUUGGGAAUAAAAGGGGAAAUCAUGAGUGGGCUAUUUGGAAUUAAUCAUUGAUUUGUAGUUUUCGCCAGCAUCUUAGCUCAUGGGUUGGUAGGAACUGUUCUGGCACACUGAGGCUGUAGGACGACCAAAUCCACACGUUUGUGAAGAUAGAUAACUCGGAUUGUCAAAUUUUUUAGAAAGUUUUUUUCUCUUUGGAUAACUUGACGGGGUUGGUCAGAAACAAGAAAAUAUGAAUGCAAUAGUAGAAGUUGUGGCUUUCUUCUUGGGGUUUCUGGCCUGGCUCAUGGUUGGUGUUGCUCUUCCAAAUCGAUACUGGAAGGUCUCCUCAGUGGAUGGUAACGUUAUCACCACAUCGACCAUCUAUGAAAACCUAUGGAUGUCCUGUGCUACUGACUCGACGGGGGUUCACAACUGCAGGGAUUUUCCAUCUUUGCUCGCACUUAAUGGUUACAUUCAAGCCUCUCGGGCACUCAUGAUCGCCGCCAUUGUGUUUGGGACGUUUGGUCUUGUGGCAACUCUCAUAGGAAUGCAAUGCUCAAAAAUAGGAGGAGAAAACUACAUCCUGAAGGGGAGGAUAGCUGCAAUUGGUGGAGUGUUCUUCCUUUUACAAGGGAUUUGCACCAUGAUUGCUGUGUCCUGGUAUGCAGCCAACAUCACACAGCAGUUCUUUGACCAGUUUUAUCCAGGGACAAAGUAUGAGAUUGGAGAGGGCUUGUACAUUGGCUGGUGUUCAGCCACACUCGCCCUCUGUGGAGGUUCCUGUCUGAUGUGUUCGUGCAGAUUCAAAUCUGACAAUGAAAAAGUGCCAUACCAAUACCAACCAACUUCCAGAGGACAUGCGCUGUCAGCCGUGGCAGCAUCUCAGUCAGCCCCAAGCCAUUAUGGGAGAAACGCUUAUGUCUGAGAGGCGACUGUGUCAGAAGAAAAGCCUGCUGCGUUGAAGUCAAUUGAACAGAUUGAGAGAAAAUGAGCAAUGAUUGUAUUCUGAAUGCAUCAUGUGAGGGCAGCAUUAACGAUGUAAAACAGGCCCAUGAUCACUGUAAAGUUUUUUAACAGCAGUAAACUUGAUUUGGGGAUAUAUUGGUUUCAUACGUUCUCAAACUUUAGUGAUGCAUGUGAGUUUUUGAUAUGGUCUACUUUAUAGCUAAACAAAACAAACUGCAACAUUUUUAAGUUUAAUACAACUCAGAAUGAGUCUGAGUUAUACUAUGGAUAUAUGCAUAUACAUACUCAUAUUAUAUGUAGAAUAUGGUGGGAAUUUUGAUAAAGGACUAAUUCUAUAACUUUUUUAUAUCCAAACUUUCAAAAUGUUUCUUUUAACUUAUUUUACUUUAUCCAGGAAUAGGACUACAUUGCACUCGACAUUCUCUAAUGCUUAGAUGACCUUAAACUCUUUUACGAUUGUUCUUAUGUCUAUGUUCCAAAGUGUACAUAACAAAAGUACACAGUGUCGUGAUUGUCAUGUGCCCUUGGUUGAGUAAGAUGUGUGUUGCAUACCUUUUGUAAAGGCACUCCUUGAGGCUAUGCUACAUGUAGAAUAAUCCUGACACCUGUAGUGUAAAUAACCAUUGAGUGUUCAUAAAGGUUAGAGGCUAAAAAAUCUAUCCUAGAAAUUUCCGCAAAGAACCUGAUAUAUAUAAACUGGCUUACUUCAUAUAAACAAGAGGUAUUUAAUAUUGUGCUGUUGUUUCUGUCUCAAGGAGAAUAUUCUGACUCUGUGACUUUUGGGUGCAGAAAACUUGAUGGUCUCUGUUGAAACAAUGUAAAAAAAAAAAGAAAAAAGAAAAAAGCUGUUCUAUGUUUUGUGCUUUUUAAUGUCUUUUGACACAUGUAUACUCAUUGUAAAUUGUUAUAUGGUCUCUUCUGGGUGAUGUGCUUCAGUAGAUUUUUGUUUGUUAUUAUACUCAAUAAACAUUAUGUCCAGUA